CGGACGAAACACGGUGCGAUAUCCUGGAAAAGGUGCCCGACGGUUGAAGAACUUGUAUGGUAGUUUUGGGAAGUGAUGCUGGAAGUGUGAGAUCAUGUGAAGGAAUUUAAACUGUGUCAUGACAUGAGGAUUGUGAUCUCUUGCAGUGCAUUUUAGUGUAAAAACAGGAUAAAACGGAUUAACACAGCGCAGCAUGAACACCUUAACGCAGAACAUCAGCCCAAUACAUUCCAAUCUGGUACGAUUGCAGGACAGCACAACCGCAUCAUCUUUAGUCCUAGACUCCCCGAGCUCGUCGAAAUCAUCCCCCACGACUGUUGUACUGUCGUCAGCCAGCGGGGGUGACAAUCGAACAAACGGCAGCACGCUGAUAGUCACAGGGAACGGUAGUGCCGACGAGGCCCAAGCAAAUGACUUUCUCUCCACCUCACUGUCGUCCCCGGCAUCGGCGGCCUAUCUCUUGCAGCAUCACCACCACCACCUCCACCACCAUCACCAUCCUCAUCACGGUCAGCACCAGCAACAGCUAAUACAACAGCACCAACAGCAAUUGCAACAACAGCAGCAGCAGGACCUCGUCCACAAUCAUCUCAGUACCAAUGGUCAUCCUCAUCACCAUGGGAACGGAAAUACCAGCGGCAACAGCACGGCCGGCACUACCACCAAUAGUAAACGAAGUAUAGCAUCCCCGCCUCCGUCGGUAUCCGGAACUAGCAUCACCACGUCGUCUUCGACCUCGUCCUCGUCGACGUCGGCGUCGGUCACUACGCUGUCCCACGUGAAUCCGUUUCACCACAGUGCUUCCUCGGCACUGCACAAUGAUUACUAUUCCGAGUACCGUCUGGGGACCGAAUACCGGCUGAACUCGCACCACCCGCAUCCCCACCCGCGGGACUUGUGGACGGCUGCAGCAGCUGUUGCCACACAUGAAAGCAUCCUAGAUGAGACCUGUGACAGUUACGGCUUGAGGCAUUCAGGUAAAACCCUCCGAAACGAACGCUCGGCAUUCUUCGAUUUCGCGACAACCCCUUCGACGCACCCGGCAGCCGCCGCCGCCGCCUACUGCUAUCGCCUGUCGACGCCACCCCAGCUGGUGAAACGCGAGCCAAGCGACGUAACGGCAUGGCACACCUACUCCGAGCGGAUGUUCUCCGAUCCGCUGUAUACCUCUCUGAAACUUCAAAGUCAGCAAUCCUCCUCACCUCAACUAGCGCAGCACUCGAUCUUUCCGGAUUCGACCUCCCAUCUGGCUUCGGCGUUGGAACAUACGCCCUGUCUCACCGCCGCUCAUCCGAACGACGCUGCCGAGAGCUUCCUGCACCAAGGCUACACCUAUCGCCAAUCGUCUGACAUUGUUACCUCAUCUGAACCCGACUACUGCUCGACGGCCGGUGGAUCGUCAGCUCUCACGAGUAUAACCACGACUAAUCCAUCACCUCUGAACGCUCUUCCGGGACCCAACGGUCCCCUCCAUCAACGACGGGGAUCUCUUCAGUUGUGGCAAUUCCUGGUAGCGCUCCUAGAUGAACCGGCGUCCAGUGCGGGAUGCAUAGCCUGGACCGGACGAGGCAUGGAGUUCAAGCUGGUAGAACCGGAAGAAGUUGCCCGGCGUUGGGGAAUCCAGAAGAACCGCCCUGCCAUGAACUACGACAAGCUGUCCCGAAGUCUGCGGUAUUACUACGAGAAAGGAAUCAUGCAGAAGGUCGCCGGCGAACGGUACGUCUACAAAUUCGUGUGCGAUCCAGAGGCAUUGUUCAACAUGGCGUACGGAACAACCGGAGCUAGUGGCGCUGGCUGUGGCACAACCCUGGAUUCUGCCAAUCUACACGCUCACCAUCAUCAUCAUCACCAGCAACAGCAGCAAGGUAGUUCCUCCUCGCCAAGUUGCCAGGGUGGACAGUCUACGCUGGGAGAUGGAGGUGACGACACGGACCGUGGCUCAUACUUCGCAUCCGGGUCGUCAGCUUAUAAUCACGGAAACUGAGUAGGCUGGGAUGGUUUCUGAGGUAUUGUGUUGCAGUCAACGGCAUUCUAGGUCGUUGAAGGAAAUUCAAAGAUUUCUCCUAUCGAUUUAGUUACCAUUGACGGGGAAUGAUGUUUUAAAAAUAAUAAUAAAUGAA